AUGGCGGUGCUGAGCUUUGCGCUGGCCUACAUGUUCAUUGAGAUCUUUAUUACUCUGUACUACCUAAAUUCCUUUGUAGGGGUUCCACAUAAUAUGCAAAAUGACCCCUGGGCCAAGUUUCCGCUUCUUUACAUGGCAGUAGGCCGAUACAUUUUGAAGCUGCUUGUUUGGUUCAGAGAAUUCUUUAUAUUGUACUUCUGCAUUCCAUUUACGUAUCAAAGUAAUAGUGGCAAUGUGCAGAAUGCGGAAGCACAGAUAGCCGAGCGCGCCGGCAACGAGCACACUCCUGAGUCUGACCCCCCCGAAAGUAACACCCCGCGCUGCGCUGAGACUCCCCCUCCAUCAUACACCUACAUGGAAUUUGAGGGCCGCCCUCUGUCUGCUCAGCAUGCCACCCAGACGCAUAAUUAA